CAACAUGGCGGACGGGCAGUGUCAAUUUGGGAACGUCGUGAUCAUAACGUAAAAUAAUGGAUUUUGUUGUUUUAGAAUAUGGGUGAAUAUGUGCAAUAAAUUAUUAUACUUUCAUGUGCUAAGUGUUGUGUUUUGAUUGUAUUUGUGUAAAUUAAGUGAAACAAUGGCCUCGGAUAAGAUAAAAGUAGCCGUUCGGGUACGACCCUUUAACAGACGAGAACUCGAACUCGGCACACAAUGCGUGGUGGACAUGGAACAACAGCAGACGGUGUUGCAGUAUCCACAGGCUCACGACAAAGACAGAAAACAACCAAAGACGUUCGCGUUCGACCACUGUUUCUUCUCGCUGGACUCCUCGCUACCUAACUUCGCCUCGCAGAAGACCGUUUUCGAUUGUUUGGGCAGGGACAUCCUCGACAAUGCCUUCGACGGGUACAACGCCUGCAUAUUCGCGUACGGACAGACAGGUUCCGGCAAAUCGUACACGAUGAUGGGCGCCCCGGGGGCUGACGAAGGCGGCAUCAUCCCCCGGUUAUGUGACGCCCUGUUCGAGAGAAUAGCGAGACAGCAGUCACCGCCAGCCCUCACUUAUAAGGUGGAAGUGUCCUACAUGGAGAUAUACAACGAGCGAGUGCACGACCUUCUCGACCCGGAGACGACUCGGCGAUCCCUGCGCGUGCGCGAACACGCCGUGCUCGGGCCCUACGUCGAUGGACUCUCUCAGCUGGCCGUCACAUCAUUUCAGGACAUCGACAACCUCAUGACCGAAGGCAACAAGUCCCGAACAGUCGCAGCCACAAACAUGAACAGCGAGUCAUCUCGCUCACACGCUGUGUUCAGCGUGGUACUGACGCAAACGUUGUGCGACGCCGCGACUGGGGUUACGGGAGAAAAAGUCGCGCGAUUGUCGCUGGUGGACUUGGCGGGGUCGGAGCGGGCGGUGAAGACGGGGGCGGUUGGCGAUAGGUUGAAGGAAGGAUCUAAUAUUAACAAAUCAUUAACGACGCUAGGGCUGGUCAUAUCGAAGUUAGCGGACCAGUCGUCGGGCAAGCCCAAUAAGGACAAGUUCGUGCCGUACCGAGACUCCGUACUCACUUGGUUGCUGAAGGACAACCUUGGAGGCAACAGCAAAACUGUCAUGGUGGCAACAGUAUCCCCAGCAGCCGACAACUACGAAGAAACAUUAUCGACCCUUCGCUACGCGGACCGAGCGAAGAGGAUCGUCAACCAUGCGGUUGUCAACGAAGAUCCUAACGCCAGGAUCAUCAGAGAACUCAGACAGGAGGUUGAAGCACUUAAGGAGAUGCUUAAAUAUGCCACGGGUUCCCCGGUGGGUGAGGACGUGCACGAACAGCUGGCGCAGAGCGAACACCUGAUGAAGGAAAUGUCCAGGACAUGGGAGGAGAAGCUAGUUGAAACCGGCCGAGUACAAAGCGAGCGCCAGCACGCCCUAGAGAAGAUGGGUAUCAGCGUGCAAGCGAGUGGCAUUCAAGUGGAAAAGAACAAGUACUAUCUCGUCAACUUGAACGCUGACCCCUCGCUCAACGAGCUUCUGGUGUAUUAUCUGAAGGAUCGAACAAUGGUCGGCGCCGACAGUUCGGCCGACAUCCAACUCUCCGGCCUCGGCAUCCAGCCCCACCACUGCCAACUAAUCCUGGAGGGGGGAGGCCUUAACAUGGAACCCGUCGGGGCCGCGCGCUGUUUCGUCAACGGGACCCCUGUGGUCUCUAGGGUCAGAUUAGGACAUGCGGAUAGAAUACUGUGGGGGAACCAUCACUUCUUCAGGGUCAACUGUCCUAAGACUACAACGGCGGCCUCCGAGCCACAAACUCCCGCACAGCCUAUCGACUACAACUUUGCGCGUGACGAGAUUAUGCUAAAUGAGCUGAGCAACGACCCCAUACAGACCGCCAUAUCGCGCCUCGAGAAGCAACAUGAGGAGGAUAAACAAGUGGCAUUAGAAAAACAAAGGCAAGAGUACGAGCGACAGUUCCAGCAGCUGAGAAACAUACUGUCACCGACCACGCCCUACCCACCGUAUUCUUACGACCCGCUCAAACUGGGAAAAAUGCCAGCCUGCACCCCAACAACCGCCGCUCGCGUGGAGCGCUGGGCCGCCGAGCGCGACGACACGUUCAAGCGCUCGCUCGGCCGCCUCAAGGCCGACAUACUGCGCGCCAACGCGCUGGUGCAGGAGGCCAACUUCCUCGCUGAGGAGAUGAGGAGGAACACGCGGUUUAGCGUCACCUUGCAGAUACCGCCGCAGAAUCUUAGUCCUAAUAGGAAGCGCGGCGCAUUCGUCUCAGAACCGGCCAUCAUGGUGAAACGGCCCGGGCGGGGCGGGCAGGUGUGGUCCAUGGAGAAGCUUGACAACAAACUGGUGGACAUGAGGGAGAUGUAUGAUGAGUGGCGCCGCCUGCAGAGUGACGGGGAUGAGCCUCCAGCCGAAAAAGCCAUCGACCCAUUCUAUGAGUCCCAGGAAAACCAUAACCUAAUCGGCGUCGCCAACGUGUUUCUGGAAGCGCUGUUCCAUGAUGUCACACUCGACUAUCACACGCCCAUCAUCAGCCAGCAGGGAGAGGUUGCGGGCAGACUACAGGUGGAAAUCAGCAGAGUAGCGGGACAAUUCCCACAAGAUAGAAUAUGCGAGGCGGCUUCAGAUAGUUCCGGAGACAUGAGAGAUGAUGACGACCCUUCGGAUCCUGCUACUCAGCAGGUGACAAUCCGCGUAGCCAUCAAGCAGGCGACGGGUCUGCCGCCGUCGCUGUCGCACUUCGUGUUCUGCCAGUACUCGUUGCUGGGCGAGGCGGUGGUGGUGGCGCCGCACGUGGGAGACGCGGCGCCCGCGCCGGCCCCCGCCUCGCCCCGCGCCGCCGCGCCCCAAGUGCACUUCGACCACGAGCAGGACCACACGCUCACCUUGACUGAGGAGUUCAUUGAGCAUUGCGCAGAGGGCGCCCUCUCCAUCGAGGUGUGGGGCCACCGCUCGGCCGGCUUCAGCCGCGGCCGCGGCAACUGGGAGGUGGAGCAACAACAGCUGGCCAAGGCGCGCUCGUUGGCUGACCGCUGGGCGGAGCUGACGAGGAAGAUAGAGCUCUGGGUCGAGAUACAUGAGCUGAAUGAUCAGGGCGAAUACGCUCCUGUUGAGGUUGUGUCACGACCAGACAUGGUAACCGGCGGCGUAUAUCAACUCCGUCAAGGGCAGCAACGUCGACUAGCGGUCAGAGUUAGACCGGCUCACAACUCGGGCACGUUGCCCAUCAUCUGUCAGCAUAUCGUCAGCGUUGAAGUGGGCUCCGUUAGCGUCAGGUCCCGCCUUCAAAAGCCGUUGGACUCGUAUCAAGAGGAGGACCUAGCCGUGCUCAGAGAGCGGUGGAGCGACGCGCUCGCGAGGCGACGACAACAUUUACACGCGCAACUACAAAAACUAGUGAACAUGUCGCCGUCAAUGAAGAGCGAACGGGACAUGGAGAGAGAGCAGUCGCUAGUCGAGCAGUGGGUUUCACUCACUGAAGAACGAAAUGCGGUUCUAGUGCCGAGCCCGGGCAGCCCUAUCCCGGGAGCGCCUGCCGCGUGGAACCCGCCCCCGGGCAUGGAGCAACACAUACCAGUUCUGUUCCUUGACCUUAAUGCUGACGACCUAACAACCCAACAGUCCGGCGAAGAGGUGACAAUGGCCGGCCUCAACUCCAUCCUGCCGAAAGAACAUGGCAACAAGUUCUACGAGCUCCAGAUAUUACAUCACCACGAUAAAGAUGUGUCCGCUAUCGCGUCUUGGGACUCCUCGAUUCAUGACUCGCAGUAUCUUAACAGGAUUACUGAAGCCAACGAACGCGUGUACCUGAUCUUAAAAACCACCGUCCGCCUCUCGCAUCCCGCGCCCAUGGACCUCAUACUGCGGAAGCGGCUCGGAUUGAACAUUUACAAGCGACAGAGCCUUACUGACAGGAUACGCAAGAAGAUUGUCAGAGUGGACCAACUAACGCAGACCGGAGUCACUUACGAGGUGGUGUCCAAUAUCCCCAAGGCCUCCGAAGAGUUGGAAGACAGGGAGAGCCUCGCUCAGAUCGCCGCUACUGGUGAAGAAGCCAGCGCUGCUGAUGGGGAAACAUUCAUUGAGAAGUACACCCGCGGCGUGAGCGCAGUGGAGAGUAUCCUGAGCCUGGACCGGCUGCGCCAGAGCGUCGCCGUCAAGGAGCUGGAGCAGGCGCGCGGCCAGCCCGUCACCAUGCGCAAGACCGCCUCCGUGCCUAACUUCUCGCAGCUGACGCAGGCGCUCGACAGCGCGGCAAAGAGCGGAGCCAACAUUAUGCGCCUCGACUCUUCAUUCGAGUCCCUGAGCGUGGCGGGCCGCUCGGGCAGCGUGGCGGACCUGGCGGGGCCGGACGAGCCGCGGCGCGUGCGACACUCGUACGCCGCGCCCGCGCAUAACGAUCCCGACAUGACCACGCCCACGAAGCCUUUUGGACUCGCAUCCCCAGCUAGUGGUAAGCUGGGUCUUCGCAUGACGACCCUGCACGAGGAACCAGGCAGGAGGAAUGAUGACGACUCCCAUUCGGAGCCGGAGUGUGCUGCCGACGCGCUUACGACGCCAAGGGAACAUAGACAGCGCGCACGGACGUCGCGCGGGUUCCUGCCGACGUCGAAGACGUUGGACUCGCUACACGAGCUCGCUUGCGAGAGGGUGCCUACCAAGAACUCUCCCUCGAUAUCAUCCAGCGGAUAUGGUUCCCAAGCAGUAUCCUCAACCAACCUGACCAACGACGACACGCUGUCCAUCCGCAGCAUGUCCGUCGACGAUACGCCGGACUUCGACAAGUCGGAGUACGCGCUACGGACCAAAACAUCCAUGGCCGGGCUGAGGAAUGAGAUCACUGAGCUACGCCACGACAUCAGCGAACUGAAGAACGACAUCGUCGAAUCCAAACACGAGCUAGACUCGUCAUACGAGAAAAAGACCCCGGUCACGCCUGGCGGCCGACGCAUCAACCCGUUCAUGAGGGACUGCGAAAACGGGAUGCUGGAUCCAUUGGGGGCGAUCCCUGUCGAGAACUUGGGUGUCGCCAGCCCGCCCGCGGAGCAGAUCGUCAAUGGGGAACAUGAAACCUCGGGAGAAGCCGACGUGGAAUCUAUCAGCUCAGAACAAAGCCAUGAAACAGAGCGCAGCCGGGAAGCCUCGUCAGUUGGCGAAAGCGAUUCCACCUCCGGAGACCAGGUCAAGACACAGCUGCCGGCUGGCAAGGUGGUCCGCCGCCGCGCGACCAACUCCCGCGCCGGCGCGCGCGCCUCGCACCCGGCCGCCCGCCCGCGCUCCGCCGUGGAGCCCGGCCACCAUCUGCACAGCCUCAACAAGACGCUACACGACACGCCGGCCUCCUCUACAGAGAGGAUUGGAGACGACGAAUCAUCAGAAACGCUCCUGCACACAGCGCCCGACUGGCUGACAGUAGGCGAGAGCGUCUCGCUCCGCCUCAGCAGCAGCACCGGCGUCGUGGCAUACGUGGGACCUGCACAUUUCGCUCACGGCCUAUGGGUCGGCCUUGAGUUGGACGCGCCGACUGGUAAAAACGAUGGUGCGGUCGGCGGUACUCGUUACUUCCAGUGCCGGCCGCGGCACGGCAUCUUCGUGCGUCCCGACAAGCUGGUGCAGGACCGGCGGGGCCGCUCCGCCCGUCAGUAUAGGGACUCCGAGCUCAAGCGGGCCGGCAGCAAAGGAGAAGGCCUACACAACUUACACAGAUCGAGGAGUCGCGGCGAAAGCAUAAACGUCGUGGGCACCAAAACUAGAAGCAAAUAAAUUCACCCUCACGUCCGUAACUCCGUACCAUACCUUGUAGAGUACUACCAUAUUUAUAAGUUACUAUACUGCGCGGGCAACUUUACUUGUGUACCGGCGAGCCAUUUGGCCAAUCACAGCGCGGAAUUAACACGCGCUAAGCGUCCUCGAUCGCUAUUGGUUGUUUCGUGACCGAGGUUUUACGUGAUUGGUUAAUUUUUAAAGAUGGCCGUUGUAACUUAUAUGUGUGGUUAUACUAUAUGGACCGAAUUAUAAAUAUACGUCCACCACCCUGUUUCGUUUUUUUAGCAAAUGGUGCUUUUUAUGUAGUUUUCUGUUGCAUGAUAAAUUAAAAGUUUGAAAUGUUGAUGUUAUCAGAUGUAGGCAUUUAAUUUAUUAUGUGAUAAGUGUAAGCAAUAUUUUAUGUGUUUACCUACGUUGUUCCCGUAUUGAGAAGUUGUUAGGAAAUUUGAUCCUCUCGCAUUUAUUAACUAGAAUAAUAAGAUGACGUAGAAGAUCUUUCGAGAUUUCCAUAUAUCGCAAUUUUAUAGUAUUUGACAUUAUACAUUUUCUGUGAACGAAAUAUUUAUUUUACAUUUUUUGACACAAUCGCAAUCCUAAUUGACUAUGUUGUAAAUAUAAUUGGACAUUUUAAAUAUGUGAUUUAAUUUAAUUCUUUUUAAAUGUAAAUAUGUGAAUUUUGUGUGUAUUAUUAAUUUAGAACCAAUGAAAUUUUUGUGAUCAGUGAUAAUCAAUGGUUUUGUAUAGAUUUUUUUUACUGUAUAGUUUGUGGUAUAGUGUUAUUGUAAUUUAUUUAUAUAUUAGUUUAUGUUGUCUAUGGAUGCACAGUUUUAUAUUCUGCACAUGGAAUAUAAUGUCUGUGGUUGCUUAAAAACGCUUUUACUAAAAUUUUACAAAAUGCAUUGCUCAGUUAAGUGUUUUCUAACACAAAAGCACAUUAAAAUGUGAUAGUAUCUUGCCACACGAAAAUACACUAUAUUGCUUAGCAAUUGAUUCCUAUUUCGUUUGACAUUCGCUUUAGUUGUACCUAUGGCAAAGGUAGAAACGUCCAAAUAACGUCUAAAAAAACUUCGUCCUUAUGAAAGACUUGUACUUAACUGGUUUUGUGACGUGUAUGAAUGCCCAUUAUUUUUGAAGAAAGCGAUCGGAUUUAGUCUUAUAUAAUCGUUUGCAAAAUUAAAUGUGCCACAUUAUUUUUGACUAUAUUUACAGUGGCUCAAAAUACCGUUCGUGUUUCUUGCAAUAAAAAUGGGUGGUAAGAAAAUAUGUAGUCAUAUCGACUUCAAAUAAAUUAUGUCACAAAAAACUGUCCUAAAAUUUAAUAUCUCCAUCCACGUUCGAACAAUAAUCGAUGGUAGAUUAUACAUGUUUUAAUUCCAAAUGUAGAAAACGGUACGGUCGGAUUUUGUUUAAGUGUCACACCUA